GUAUUGCGUCUUAAUAUAAAUAACACUUAUGCAAAUGCUGGAAUAGACAAAAUCUCUCAAAUUUUGAGUUUGUGGAAUGUUUUUGUAAAUAAUUCAAAACUCGUUUUAGGCGUUGAAUUUGGUGGAAUUGUUGAAAUUGUUUCUGACGAUAGUAAUAAUAUUAAAUCAGACAUCGAGAGUCAACAACUUCAACCAGCAAAUGACUCAAAUUUUAAGUUUCUUUUUACAAAUAAUGAACAGAUUUCAGAUCAAUCAAUACGAAACAACUAUAUCUUUACCAACAACAAACUUUUCAAACUACUAUCAGGAAUUGCGAUUGCGGACAUCACCAAGGAUUCGAAAGAUUUACGAUUGACAAACUUUAUUUUGGGAAUUCUACCAAAUAAUCCGGGAAGGAAUGAAAAUUCAACCUCUUCAUCUCCCAAUAUAGCUGCAAUAGUGGGUGGUGUAAUAGGCUCCAUUAUUUUGGUUAACGCAUUAGUAGCUGUUGGCAUCAUAUUGUAUCGAAGAAGGUACAAACCAAGAAAUGUUGUAACAACUGUCAUAGCAAUGUUUGAUUAUGUGAGAAAAGAGGCAAAUGAUUUGAGUUUUAAAGCAG